AUGCAGGAGAGCAUUACCAACCUCGUCAGCGACGUCACACAGUUACGCACACGAUGCGAGGACCUGCAGAAUGCCAACACAGAGCUGGCCGAGCGUAUGACAGACCUCGAGCGCAGAUGCUGUGAUGAGGUCGAGCAAGUGCCACAUACAAAGGCCAAUCUAACAGGCUAUGCGUCCUCUGAGAACUCCACCGAGGAUCCAUACGGCGACCACGGCUCGCUCAACGACGAUCGUUUUCGUGUCGUGGGCCAAUUACUCGAGCAGUAUCAGCAGCGCUUUGAGGUACAAGAGGCUCGCUUAAUCAGGACCGAGAGACACCUCGAGAAGCUCACAACCUACAAGCUCAACUCGAAGGUUCUUUUCACUGCACUGAAGCACGAGCUGGAUGGCCUUGAUACUACAGGAGGACGUGAAGACGGACCUUGCCAACUGCCUACACCUUCGAAAGACUUUAUUGUUGAUCUGGACUUCGAGCGCGAGCAACUCCAAGGACGUUUUGAUAGUCUCGAGACCGAACUUCUGGCUAGAGUCAUCACUAUCGAAGCGCGCCUUGCCACAGGCGGAUCUAGCCAGGUAGGGAAUGAAGACUCGAGUAAAACAGGUAACAAGCCGCCCGAUAAGCUCAAGAAGGACGUGCACAAACUCAAGAACUUCGCGAAAGCGAUUACCCGGAAGCAUGAGCAAGAGAGACUCAUCGAUAAUGCUUACACUUCGGAGGAGGUUCGUGGGCCGUUCGAAGGCACGACAGUUGAGGUGUGGCAGUCGCGAGAUCGUGUGCUCUGUCGUCUCGCCAUGUAUGGCUCCUACUACGAGGCAUUUGAGGAGGCCCAGAAGGCUGUGAAGGAAUUGUGA